AUGGAAUCUUCUAGGAUGCAGCAGAGCCUCGAGCAUAGUGCGGAUCGCAAUGUGAGGGAACUUUACCGUUACUACCAGCCCGCUGGCGCGACAACUUUGAUACCUUCAUGGCUACGUCUGGGUGAAGACGUACCAUCUGCCAGCUCCACAGGCCACACCAGCACCCCAUCUAUCGGCGAUGGUUCGUCGCGUGGUGGUGGUAGUGCCGCUUCGACGCCAUCAACAACAAUAGGCCCGGAAGCGCUUGUGCUCGGCGCGACCAACAACACCUUGACUUCAUUCGCGCAGCUGGCGGCCCUCCGAUUGAAUGUGGAAAGGGCCUGUAUCGCGGUGCUGGUUCGGGAUCGCCAAUACAUCUUAGCAGAAGCGACCCAGUCCGUCAGUCUGAACGACAAAAACGUUUCUGAUGAGAAGGAGUUCACGUGGGCUGAAUCAGCCAGCGCGCACAAAGCAUGGAGUAUAUGCCAGGACACUGCUGCUUUACCUCCAUCCGACCGCGAGUAUUCAAAUUACGAAGUUCUGGAGGUCACUGAUAUGGCAGAACACGAUCGCUACAGUGACCUCUCCUUCGUCGCAAAAGAUCCUCACUUCCGCUUCUUCGCCGGCACCCCUUUGACGACAGACAAUCGUAUCAAUUUGGGAUGUUUAUUUGUAUUGGAUCCCCAGCCUCGGACAUACCUCACCCCAUUGGAGAAGGAAACACUUGGGUCGCUUUCGGUGCUCGUGAUGGACUAUCUGAAAGUCUGCAGGCAGGCGUCAGAAGGUCGACGAGCUGCGCGCCUUUCCAGGGGCCUUAGCUUCUUCGUUGAAGGGAGUUCUAGCUUUGUCGACAGCGUUGAUCCCUCACGCGCCGACAGUUGUCCUCCCCACUCUGUCACCCCGGCUUCUACGAACAAUCGUGUGAGCAUGUCCGGUGGAUCUCGUGGCAGUCACAACUCCGAUCGGCCAUCGCAGGAUGUCUCGCACAGUCCGCCAAAUGACCGGUCACUGAGCAGCGAUGCACGAUCCCUGAAUUCAGAUGCCUCAGGCGUCUCCUACUCCAAGGACAACGCGGCUACAUCCGGUACCGGAAGCUCACUCCCGGAGUGGCUUACAAGCAGUAGUCGAAACCGCCUACCCCCCGAUGAUUCUCACGGAAAUUCGUGGUGCUUUCGUCGCGCAGCCAACUUGCUUCGCGAAAGUCUCGACCUCGACAAUGAUGGCGGAGUAAUAUUCUACGAAGCCACUAACAACGCUUUCAUCGACGGGGAUGGCGGGAGCGCUGCCAGUGGUGCAAGCGAUUGCUCCGGUAGCGAUGCAGGGGGUCCAGCGACAAUUCUUUCCAUGUCAACGAACGAAGACCCGUUUGCCCCGCGGGCGGGUUCUGAUGUGACGUCCCCUGCGGCCAAUUUGGAUCGCUCGUUUCUGGGCAUGCUUCUGCGGCGCUACCCGCGAGGUAAGCUGUGGUCGUUCCAUCGUGAUGGCAUUAUAUCUGCAUCCGAUGACGAUGAUCUGACAGCGCUGAACGGAAGCAAUACACCGAAUUCACGCUCACCACCCGGUGCGCCCCCCGCGGACAUAUCCAAACCGCUAGGUAAGAGAAAACGGGCAGCUGAGAACUCAUGGCUCAACCAGUAUUUCCCACGUGCGACCCAGAUUCUCUUUAUUCCCCUCUGGAAUGCAGUCAGCUCCCAGUGGUUCGCCGGAUGCUUUUGUUAUACCACUGUCGAGUCUCAAGUCUUUUCUUCUUCUGUCGAACUAAGUUCCGCUUUUGGAUUUGGCUCGUCCGUGAUGGCGGAGUACAGUCGGGUCGAGUCACUAAUUGCGGAUCGACAAAAGGGUGACUUCAUCGGCAGUAUCUCCCACGAGCUACGCAGUCCUCUUCAUGGCAUUCUGGCAGCAGCCGAGUUCUUGAAUGGGACGAAUCUGAACGAAUUUCAGGACUCGUUGCUUGAAACAGUCAAUGCCUGCGGAAGAACUCUUCUCGACACAAUGAAUCAAGUGCUUGAUUUCAGCAAGGUUGUCUCCCUCGAGCGAACCUGGCGUUCGCUAAAGCGAAGAAAGGAGUCGCCUCUUGACUUCAAGGGGACUGACAAAUUGGCGACGCAUCUGGACUCGUAUGUGGAUACAGAUAUCAGCAUCUUGGUCGAAGAGGUGGUAGAAGGGAUCUGCCUGGGCCACGCGUACGGCUCAGGCUCCCCUGCUUCUGCAGACCUUCCGGUGCUCCUUUCCCACAAUCACGCCAGACAUGCAGGCCCCCGCAAUAAUGUUGUCGUGUCCCUUGACAUUGCCCACAAAGAUUGGAUCUACCGGACACAGCCCGGGGCUUUGCGCCGGAUCAUCAUGAAUGUCUUUGGAAAUGCGAUGAAAUACACCGAAGAAGGCCAGGUUACUCUCACGUUGGAGUCAGUAAGCCACUCCGAGGGCCGAACGCGCCGGCAAGGGUUGGAAGACAUGGUGAACUUGACUGUUUCGGACACUGGAAGAGGCAUAUCUGAAGAGUUCCUGCGUGGCAAACUCUAUACGCCCUUUGCACAAGAAGAUUCACUCGCUGUCGGUACGGGAUUGGGUCUCUCCAUUGUAAAAAGUCUUGUCAAAGCACUGAAUGGUCACAUUCGAAUACGCAGUCGUGUAGGAGAAGGUACUGUUGUCCGGGUCACCUUACCGUUGGCGAGACCAGUGGGCGAAGAGAGCCCUCCCGUCGACUCCCAUAACUACAACGCUCAACAACGCGACAUCCGAACUCAAACUUUGAUGCUCCGCGAGGGUUACCAAGGGCGGCGCGCAGCUAUAUGGGGACUGCAUCCCGAUGGCUUGGCACAUGACGAGACAUGGAGCGGCAUUGCCAAAUAUCUAAUGGAGUGGUUCGCCAUCGAGGUUGUUGCCUGGCCCUGCUCGUUACCUCUUGAUAUCCUGCUCAUUCGGGAGUCUGACCUGGAUGAACUCCGAAAUGUGCAACUUUCCACAACACUUCCUUCACUUCUUGUACUUUGCUCUAAGCCGGUGGAUUACAGCAAAUCUCAGUCCGACUGGCUCCCGUUGGCAUCUUCUGUUGAUAUCCUUCGACGUCCCUGUGGGCCUCACAAACUAGCCCGAUGCGUCCUCAAGUGCUUACAGAAUUGUCGAUCAGCGGUUGUGACCCCGUCGUCUGUUCUGAAGGAUCCCAUGGAAUCGAUGGAUCUUGCGAUACGACCACUUCCUCUUUCGCCUAUGCCUUCCGCGCCUGCCACCCCAUUUCCAAUCGAAGACUCCUUCUCGUCACUUGAGGCCCAGAAGACUUUCGGCAAUGGUCCAGCAUGCGAUGCGUCACCGCCUCGUGACGGCCCCUCUGUCAUCUCAGCGCCACCAGAACUUGUUGCUGCGGCUCCCCUACCAAAACCUUUUGUUGAGGGGACCAUUGAACUCAAGCGACCAACGCAGGUCCUCGUGGUGGAUGACAAUCGCAUCAACCUCAAUCUCAUGGUAACAUUCAUGAAAAAACGCCAUCUGUCUGAGCUGGUCUCGGCAGAGAAUGGUAAACUAGCCGUGGAGGCUGUGGAGCAAAUGUCCAAUGGCUUUGACAUCAUCUUCAUGGAUAUGUCGAUGCCUGUGAUGAAUGGGUUUGAGGCGACUCGGGCCAUCCGCGCGCUGGAAAGAGAAAGUGACGGCCGUAAACCGGCCAUUAUCAUCGCGUUGACAGGGCUCAGCAGCUCACGGGACGAGUCAGAGGCUCUCAGCUCGGGCGUUGACUUUUUCCUCACCAAACCAGUCUCAUUCCGAGAAGUUUCACGCCUCAUGGAUGAAUGGGAGAAGGACGGUCUUGCGAGCGAAAAGAAAAGGCAAGGGUGA